AUGGCUGUCGUUUCUAACUCUGCUAUUCUUUCGAAAUACCUUGCCCUCGAACAAAAGGGUCAAGUCCAGGUUGAAUACGUCUGGAUUGAUGGCUUUAGCCAGCUCAGAAGCAAGACCAAGACCGUCGACAAGGUCCCAACAUCCGUCUCUGAUCUUUCCGAGUGGAACUAUGAUGGCUCUUCAACUGGCCAGGCCGAGGGUCACGAUUCCGAUGUCCUCAUCCAGCCCGUUGCUCUUUUCUCAGACCCUUUCCGUGGUGGCGACAACAAGUUUGUUAUUUGCGAGACCUUCAACCCUGAUGGCACUCCCCACAAGUCUAACUACCGUUUCGAAUGUGAGAAGAUCAUGACUUUGUACGCUGAUUCCAAGCCUUGGUUCGGUAUUGAGCAGGAAUACAUGCUUUUUGACCCAGAGACCAACAAGCCAUAUGGCUGGCCCAAGCAUGGUUUCCCUGAACCUCAGGGUAAAUACUAUUGCGGUGUCGGUGCUGGCAAGAUCUUUGGUCGUGAUAUCAUUGAAGCUCACUACCGCGCUUGUCUGUACGCUGGUGUCAACAUCUCGGGUGUGAAUGCAGAAGUUGCCCCUGGUCAGUUUGAGUUCCAGGUUGGUCCUUGUGAGGGUAUUUCCAUGGGUGACCACUUGUGGGCCGCCCGUUACCUUCUCGAACGCGUUUCGGAAGACUUUGGUAUCGUGGUCUCUAUCCACCCCAAGCCUAUCAAGGGUGACUGGAACGGUGCUGGUUGCCAUACCAACUUCUCUACCGAGGAAAUGCGUAAUGAGGGAGGUUUGGCUGCUAUCGAAAAGUCGAUCCAGAAGAUUGGCAAGCGCCACGCAGCUCACAUUGCCGUCUAUGGUGAAGACAACGAUCAGCGCCUCACAGGUCGCCACGAAACCGGUCGUAUUGACCAGUUCAGCUAUGGCGUUGCCAACCGUGGUGCAUCAAUCCGUAUUCCCCGCCAUGUUGGCAAGGAGGGCAAGGGCUACUUUGAGGACAGACGCCCUGCCAGUAACAUGGAUCCUUACAGAGUCACUGCCAUUAUUCUCGAGUCUACCUUUGCCGACAUCUAAAUUCCAUUCGGAAAUUGAAUCUCUUUUUUCCUUUUUCCUUUUUCUCUUAAUUUUUUUUAUGAACUUCUUUACUAUCUCGAAUAAGCUUGCUAUGCUGUACAGUAAUCCAAUCAACAUAUUAGUCCGCUAUUGUUAAUAAUAAUACAUUUACUACCAUUAUUUAUU